AUGAGGGAGUUAUUGAGCAAGGGUGUUCCCUUUCUCUGGCCUCGCAUUAAGGGCAGACGCACCCGCCUCUUUCCGCCGACGUAUCAACAGAUUGUCGAGAAGUUUCGAUUUCGUGUCCAGAUCUACGGAUUGAAAUUGUGGUUGGGCAAGAUCCCCAAGCUAGAAACGACCCCAGCCUACUUCUCUGCUACCUCCGAUGGGUCGAUUUGGUGUAGAUGGCAACUGGCGACGACGACGCCGGAAGAAAUUGAUUCCUUGUCUUUCCGGAAUAAGAAGGAGGUUCGACCUAGUGUCGUUGGUGGAGCUGAGGUUGGAAGGAGGAAGAAACUUUGCUUGCUUUGGUUGUAG